AUAUUUUUGCAAAUACUUAUGUGAAAAUGAUAAAUACAGUAAUAGUAAUAAAGGGAUAAUCUAAGCAUUUGGUUAAAGUAAAUAAAAGAAAUGGAUUGACAAAACAAAGAAUAGAAGUGACGUGAUAUGGAAAUGUUAUCCUUAUCUGUAAUCAAUAAAGGCAGAUGACGUAAUAUUUUCUAGAUCUAACAGAAGUACUUUGCAAACAGCGAAACACGUAACAAUUCAAAGUAUGAUUUAUAUUUGUAUUGAAUAAUAUUUUGGCGGUUUCUAAUUUGUAAUAGACUGUUUAUUUGUUAUUGUUUAUUUAUUGUUAUUUGUGCAAACAUUGUGUAACAGAAACAAAGAUGAAAUCAAGAUUUCCCUUGUCGUUAGAAAAUAUACCGAGGCAGGAGAAGUUCCUUGGCUUAUCCCUUAAAUUCGGAAGCAUCGUUGCGGGACUUCUUGUUAUACUAUACUCGUUGCUAACUAUAGCAAAAUAUUCAGUAUUUCUGACCGUAUUACCACAGUAUAUGUCCAGUUCGGAUGUCGACGAUGUUGUGGUAUAUGUGAUAUUGCUCGGAAGUACUAUAUCCCAUGCAGUCACUUUGUUCCUGAGCGCUUUGAUGCUGGUUGGCGUGUUGAGGGAAAAAGACCACCUGAUGAGACCUUGGGUGAUAUGGGUGUCAAUUCAAGUCAUUGUCUCACUAGUUCUGUUUGUCUUUUGGAGCACCAUGAGUAUGAUCAAUAACUUUGCUGACAACUCUCUAUUAGCGUACAUAUUUGAAUUAAUAAUUAUAUUGGGACGUGUCUACACUUUAAGUCUAGUAGGCAGCUAUUACAAACUUCUAGAAGAAGAGCGGGAAGAAGCAGAGCGUUUAAAUAAACUUUUAGAUAAUAAUAAUUCAUGUUACUCUACUGUAUAAUCAAUUACAUGAAUGACAAUAUAAGUUAUUGUUUUACUUCAGAAAUAAUAUACUUACCAUACUGAUAUACUUUCAAUAUCCAAUAAUUCACUAAUAAUCACAGAAAACAGAAGUAACCUGUUCUAUGAUAACAAUAACAAUAAUAAUAAUUUUACCUCCAUAAAUUAGACACAGAUUUUAACAUAUCCCAUUUUACUUUAAAUGGUGUAAAUAAAGAACACUCAGAAGUUACAAAUAAAUCUGCAAAUAUGUUAUGUAGCCAUAUAGUAGCAACUUACGCAAUCAAUAUUUUGGUCUGUGUGGAUUUUCAUUCAUUUCAUUUCAGUGUCGCUUAUUUUAGCUAUAAAAUAAGCAAAAUAUUAGUAGCUUAAGUAGCUUGCUUUGUAAGGUGUGUUUCUGUUGAAGAGUGUGAUUAGGCAAUGAAAUCAGAGCCUACGAAGCAUGGCUUAUAGUAUGAGUCCUCUGGAAUGUUGACGCAUGAGUGCUAUCACGGGUGUGGCAACAUGAUAACCGAAGUUCUGUUCAUAUAUAGAGGCACCGGUUACUGAUUACCAUCAGGUGAGCUCUCAGCUAAUUUGUUUUCCAUUCUAAACACAUAAACUAAACUAGAAACGAUAAGCUUAACGGUUUGUUUCUGGGUCGUAUUGAUAAAUCCAGGAUUCAUCACCUGUAACGAUGUCUUAAACACGCCGAGACGAGCCUGCUUCAAAUUUAUCUUUCAUAUCAUGGUACCAUUCCACCCUUGCCUGCUUCUGAACAACGAUGAGAUUAUGCGGCACCCAGCGUGAUCCUAUCUUCCGCACCAGUAGAUACACGUGUAGAAUCUCGUGAAAGUUUCCUGAUCCAAUCUGCAGUAUAAGCUGAAUCUCUUGGUAUGUAACUUGUCUAUUAUCUUAGAUCGAAUUUGUCCCUGCUAGCACGUUUUCUUUCGUAUCAGCCGUCAAAGGGCAACCACUUAGAAACGAUAGCUUAAAAAUAUGUUAUUAAAUUAAAUUCUAGGUGAUGUAAAUAACUUUAUUGCUAUAAAUCUUUAAAAAACACGAUAAUGAUAAUGCAUUUAUCGAUAAUGGUAAUGCAUCUGUUCUUAAGCAAUAGACAAACUAACAUUGUCAUUAUUUAUCGAUAUUGUUGACGAGAAUAAAUAUUAAACGAGAAUAAUUGAUUUAGGUAUAUCACAUUAGAGAUUAGAUUGAAGAUCACUAAUUUUUAUAUUAGAUAUCUAGGUGUCGAUCAUAGUGAUGCGACUCCUGAAUGACGACCCUUGGACCCUUUAAUAGUAAUUUUAUUUCAUUUUAAUAUUAAGUUUUUAAUGUUAAUACAAAUUUUUGGUACAAUAUUUACAUAUAAGAGUUUUUGUAUAGAUAGAAAAAAUAUAUGCCACACUUUAUUUA